GUGUGUAACACUGCACGCCAGUUCGACCUCUAUGCCCUCCUCUGCUCAAACGACAUGUCCCUCAACAACCUCAUCAUCAACGAAUUCGACAAAGUUGUUGACAUGGACUCGAUGUUGGGUUGGAUCAUGCGCGUUGCUCCCGAAGAACUGUCUCGUUUUCAAGGCCCAUGUCCCAUUCGCAACCAUUUCCUCAAAGGCCUGCUGUCUGAAGACAGCAGGAUCACCUUUCAUAUCACUGUAUCCAGUGACCACACCAACAAGACAGCGCCUUUUUUGCUUCCUGACUUUCCUCUGACGCUUCACUCCUUCAUUGAAAGUGUCAACCCUACGCUCGCAACUCAUUUCCAGAACUGUCUGCUCAACAUCUGGAACAAGUUUCGUAUUCAGCUGCAUUCAAUGUUGCGUCCAUGUCUCAUCAUGCCGAGCCAGCAGGUACAAGCAUAUCCGCCAUCUACCAAUUAUCCUCAUGGAAAUUGUGAUGCUGUCCUGCUGCAGAUGCACAGUGAAGACGCCAUUGUAGCUCAAGUUCGCAUGGUGUUCGGCUUGUCAAAGAAAGGCCCACCAUUGCCUGCUGAACUUGAUCAAAUAUUCCUCUAUGUACAGCUCUUCAAAGUCAUUGCACGUCCUCAAGAUGAUGUUGGAGUCAUGAUGUUCCACGUUAAGCGCCAUUUUGUGACCGGUCCUGAUGGCACACAAGUGCGGGUUGGCAUGAUCAUUCCUCUGCUCGAUGUUACCCAUGCAAUCGAGCUCAUUCCUGUUUACAGGGACAGAGCUAAUCGUGCUGUUGACUCCUCGACGUGUUUGGAAAGCUAUGAUACCUUCUACCUUAACAAUUUUUCAGACAAAGAAUGGUACCACACACUACACACAGACUUUAUGUAG